AAAAUGUUUUCCUCGAUACGCGGUUGAAAUCGUAUUUACUGGAAUGAAUGUACAUUUUACAAGUAUAUAUUAAUUGAUGACAUUGCAGUUUUGCGUGAAGAUGUCGUAAGGUAUUUUUUCAUUGUUUUAGUUGUUAUAAAUCUUCCAGCGCAGAGGGGGGUGGCGAAAGAUGGCUGCAGCUGAAACUCAGCUGAUGUUAAGCGUUGGACUGAUUGAGAGAGACACCAACGGCGAUGCCCUGUGGGUGUGGUGCUACCCCUCGGUCGGCCCCGAGCUGCGGGAGCUCCUGCUCGGGAAGUGCUGCCUGACCAGGGAGAGCCUCGCCCUCCACACCUUUGUGUUCGGCCAGUUCCGCAGGACGUGGUACUACAUCACCACCGCGGAGGUGCAGGAGCCCACCGGCCUGCAGAAGGUCACCCAUUUUUCAAUAGUGCUUACAGCAAAAGACUUCAACCCUGAGAAGUAUGCUGCCUUUAGCAGAGUGCUCUGCAGGAUAUACAUUAAAUAUAGCAGUCCUGUCAAGAUGAUGGAAGGCUACAUUGCUGUACUCACCAAAGGCAUCUGUCAGAGUGAUGAGAAUGGCUCUUUUCUCAUUAAGGACUAUGAUGUCAGAAAGGCUUACCUUGCAGGUUCUAUAAAAGAUGUGGUAUUUCAGUUUGGAAUGGAAACCAUUAUCCUUUACACUGCUCUGAUGUUGAAAAAGAGGAUUGUGGUCCACCAUCCUCGAAUUGAAGCACUCCAGGAGUUCACAAGGGCCCUCCCAGCACUGACAUGGCAUCGAAAGGACUGGUCCAUCCUUCAUCCUUACGUAGACCUUAACAAUUAUGAACUGGAAGCCUUACAAAUGUGCACAGGUUAUGUAGCAGGAUUCAUUGAUCCAGAAGUAAGCAAUAGAUCUGAUCUGUAUGAUGUUUAUGUUAAUCUGCCUGAUAGUGAAAUCAGAAUUUCGCCACAAGCAAAAGAGGCGAUGACAAUGGGAAAACUCCACAAAGACAUUGGGCAGCUCAUCGUUCAGGCUGCAGAGGACGCUGACAGAACUGACAGUCAGGUUAUUAAGGACAUUGCAGUCAAAACCAGAGAGAUUCUUACCAACUUGGCAUCUCUGGCAGAAGAAAGCGAGAAUUCCAAGAUCACUUUGGAGACCUUGAGGCAGCGGCGCUUCCCCCCGGCAACAGAGAACUUCCUGUAUCACCUAGCAGCAGCCGAGCAGCUUCUGCAGAUCUGACACUUUCAUCUCGCUUUUCCACAGCCAUAUGGCAGGCGCCAGGGGACCCAGGUCCAUUCAGUCAAGCAGUUGAAACCGUUUUAUAUGAUGUAGCCUCAGUUAGAAAGCAAGGUUCAAGAAACAAAAGCUUCAGCAUUUAACACCAAUGUUUAAAUGUUUGUUAAUGGAUGCAUUUCCAUUUUGCAGAGCAUUCCUCUCUGCUCCAUUGACAGAUGGGGGGGCUUCUUUUCGAUUUCCAUCAUCUCUUGUUUUUCUGUUUUACAAAACGGAAAAUACUUUGCUUAGCAGAAUUGAUCCAGUGACAAGUAAGACCUGUUCAAUCUCGGACUGCCGUUAAUUUUCGUGAGACACGUUCUCCUGACACAAAAAUAAAGAACUGUUAGGAGUUAAAGCUCUUCUUUUUAACUUGCUGUAAUACAAAGAAAUGAGAGCUUUUUCUCCCCUUGCAGCAAAGAAGUAAAAUGCAGCCUGUAGCCAAAGGGCAUGAAAUAAUAAGCAGAUUUUUUUCUUUUUUUCAAUUGAUCUCUUUAAGUGUGUGCAUAAGUCUACAUAAGAACAAUUCUGGGGUGACUUACAGCAGAAGUGAUUUUUACAGAAAUGAACUACACACUAUUUCAAUUGUUUGAUAGUCUGAGUAUCUGACACUUAAUUGUUGUACCGAAAACGACAGUACAAACAAAAUUAUUUGAUUGGGGUUGGGGAAAUGAGGAAGAGCUUUGGAGAUCGGCAAUUUUGAAAGUAUCUAGGUGGCAAACAGUGCUUUUUGCAGUCAGUGUGUCUCAACUUACGCUCCUAAUAAAGACCAUUUAUCCCAGUGAUAAACAUGCCUGGAUAGGUGUGCCUUCUGCCUUUUGUCUCACACUUUGAAUUAAGUGAACUCUGUCUUCUUAUUACAAGUAAUCGUAAGCAUGCUUUGCAAGUCCUUCUCAUUGACUACUCAAAGUCAACUAUUAACCCCAUAGGACUGAUGCCUUGUAUUCAACCCCUAUCAGUGUCUGAUUAAAAUAACAUCGGUUGACAGUACAAAUUCAGACAUAUCGUGUUUCAAUACAAAUACUGUCCUCCUUAGCUCCACCAUCCAUUCUUGAUUUAGAAAUUAGACUGCCAUUUGAAGCAAUUUAAUCUGACAAGUAUCAAAAAUUAAAAUUAAACUACCUUUCUUCUUUAAAACUGGGUUCUAGUUUCUAAUGCAAUUUCAAUUAAUGUAAUAGUUAUUUACAGAUGAAAUUGCAAUUAACAAAAUCUCAUUUAAAGUUGUUCAAAAAAGCUUGAGUGCCAACUUUUCCCCCCCCCCACAAAGUACAGUUUAUUUUAGCAUAAAACAGAUUACUACAUGGCAAUUGUAGUCAGUGUGAAAGUCUUUGGCUACAUUGGUAGUUAUUAAAUGCUAGCUAUGUGUUUAAAUAAGAGACUAAUUUAUGAAGAAAGGAUUUUGUAUUUUUUAUAUAAUCAGUACCUUGUUACAUUUAGAUGGACCUAUCUUGUUUUUGUAAAAUCAUUAUUUUUUAUAUGUAAAGUGCUUUGGGAUCCUUUUGGAUAAAAAAGCACUAUAAAUUGUAAGAAUAUUAAUAAUCAUCAUUACCAUUAUGAUAAUUUUAAAAUGAGCUUGUCAAACAUCUUAACAAAACUCAUGGCAAUUCAUGCCACUAGAACGGUUUCUGACCUGCCAAAUUUAAGAAUGUUUCCUAAUGAAUGAUGUCAAUACUAACCUUAUAAUAAAAAUACAAAAUGUAAUACAUUUCUUUCCUGUGUUAAAACACAAGAAUGAGAUGUUUGUUACUUAAAGUGGGGUUAAAAAAGGCAUACUGAUAUGAACUAUGUGCAGCAGCACAAACAAGCCACAAAGAAAAUUAACAAGAGGAAAAUAAAAAUGAAUACAAAAAGAGAUCUGUACAGUAAUUCCAAAAAUGUUGAGUGAACAAAUGUACUGAAGAACUAUUCUUAGGCAUUUGAAUUCCUUUUCACCGGAAAACGUGAUUCCACUUGACAAAUCCCAAUGAAAUAAAUAAGAAACUAUUCCUGCAAGUAUAAUAGUAUAUCCCGUUUUUUGACAAAAGCCAUACACAUCUUGGGAAAGUAUAUGCAUUUCUUGAUAAGUAAGUACAUUUUCAUAAAGUACUAUGGUUUCUCUGAAAAAAAAAGCUGUUUUAUUUUCAGCACUUAUUCUAUUUAGUUCCAAAACUUUGCAGGUUCUUCCCAUCCAGUUUCCAGUACUGCAGCAUGCUACACAGUACUAUGAAUAGUUUGUCUGGUUUAACAUGACAUCUAUAAUGCACUGCUAUCUAUUGUUUUGAGGAGUACCCUUCCUUAAAGAAGGUUUAUGAAACCAAACAAACUCCUGUUGCACUCUAAAUCAUCAUUUAAAAAAAUAACAUUUCAGUUUGGCAAUUUAAUGUGCAUUAUUGUUAACAAUUAUUCAUUUGACAAUGGAACUAAUAAGGGGAAAUUAAGCUUUUCCACUGAUCAUAUAUAUUUACAGGUUUGUAACUGAACUGCUAAUGAAAACAAGAAUAACAGUCUUGAACAGAAAAAUAGGCUAACUUCACAAGCCAAAUGUAGUAUUUAUUUUAGGUUUGCAAGUCAAAUUUCACCAGAGGGCUAAAAAAUACUCAAUCUAAAAUUGUUUAUAGAGUUUAAUUUGUUUUAUAAAAGAAGACUUACAGCUUUACUUUUAAACCAUGCUUCACUAAUUUUGAACUAAACUGUUCCCCUUUCUACAGCUGACAGAGAUAGUGAUUUUGUGCACAGGAUUUGUUAAUAUGAGUAUGGUGCUAAAUGACUGUUCUGAAUUGAUUAGUUAGAAGUGAUGAGGUAUUUAAAUCACAGUGCCAAUACACUGCAAUAUUUUUCAGUAACCCAAAGGCUCAUUUAAAUACAUAUGCCUAAUACGAAUGCUACAUGAUGUUUCUGUGUAUCCAUCAUUAAUGUUGUAUACUUCUGUCACUAAUAUUAGUAUUAUGUUAUAUACAAUAUGUACAGUAUAUUGUACAGUUUGCAGGUCCCUUCAUCAAGAAAAUGUAGGGGUUAGAAAACACAGCAAAACUGGAUGUGUGAUCAAGAAAGUGUAAAUAAACAUUUUUUUAUUUUGUUUUAGAUGACGAGCUGUGAGUUUAAGAAUACAGAGUAAUUGUCUAUGUACCACUAUGUUAAAGUCAGCAGUAUGGUGAACCAAGUUCCCAAGUUCAAUUAAAAACUGUCCGAGAUGAUCAGACAUAAUAAACAAGAACUGAUUUA